AAUUGUCAUCUUGUUGAUUUUUUGGGCUGUCAAUAACUUCUGUCAUGAGUGUCAGUGUAGAACAAAAUAAGUAAAGGAAAUCGAGUCCUAAUUUAUAUUAAUCUAACUAAUUGUUGUCAUUGAUAAAUAUAUUAAAAGAUAUAUAUCACAAUGUCCAUUUCUCCGUUUUUGCGUAGUCCUUUCACCGACCUUACAGGUGGAUUGGUCUCCCAUCAAUUGCUUGAUCGUUGCAUGGUGCAGGAAGGUCGUUACUUUGAAUGCUUGGAAGCCUAUGGUUUAGACCGAGGCAUUAAGAAGUGCCAACAUCUAUACAGUGAUUACCAUGAAUGUCAGACUUUGACAAAACAAUACAAGAGAUUUUUGGCCAUGCGAAGUGAGAGAGACAAACAGAUAGCUGAGGGCAAGCUGAAGGGAGACCAGAAAUAUGUCUCACCCAGAGUGGACAGUUACUAAAUUGCUGUAGCUAUACACAUAAAUGAAAUGAUACAUAGUUGUUUUAAGUAAAUCGGUUAUUAAUAA